UUUGGAAGGUUCUGCUCAUCCUUCGAAAAAACAACAAGAAACCUUUAGCCAACAUAAUCGCUUUAUAAACUGUUCUAGUCAAAAGACUUUUUUUUUUUUUAAAUCAAAACCUCAGGGCAAUUGCUAAAUAAAAUAGAAAUACAUUAAGGCACCCUUUAAAAUUAUGGACAGUCCUGAGGCACCCUUAAAAAUUAUGGGCAGUCCUGAGGCACCCUUAAAAAUUAUGGGCAGUCCUGAGGCACCCUUAAAAAUUAUGGACAGUCCUGAGGCACCCUUUAAAAUUAUGGACAGUCCUGAGGCACCCUUUAAAAUUAUGGACAGUCCUGAGGCACCCUUAAAAAUUAUGGACAGUCUUGAGGCACCCUUUAAAAUAAUGGACAGUCCUGAGGCACCCUAUUCUAAAAUGUGA